AUGGAUUACCGACCUUCUGACAGUAGUGGUACGGAUGAUGACUUACCUCCAUCACAUCAAAGUAGAUAUCAAAGAAGCGGGAGACCUACCGGUAAUGGCAGGCCUUCAGUUAUGAACUCGGCUCCUUUAUCAAGAGUGCACAAUGACAUGGAAACUCAGAUCCAUCUCAUUGAGCAAGAAGCCUAUAGCUCAAUACUCCGUGCAUUCAAAGCCCAGUCUGAUGCUAUCACUUGGGAGAAAGAAAGUUUGAUCACUGAACUAAGAAAAGAACUUCGGGUGUCUGAUGAGGAACACAGAGAGCUGUUAUCAAGGGUUAAUGCUGAUGAAAUGAUCAGGCGAAUAAGGGAAUGGAGAAAGGGUAACAUCGUUCCUCAGAUGGUUCAUGAUAAUGCUCCAAGUCCAGCUGUUUCAGGAUCACGUAAGAAGCAAAAGACAUCACAAUCAAUGGCCUCCAUGGGCCCUCCAUCUCCUGCUCUCCACCCUUCAAUGCAACCAUCUUCUUCUGCGCUAAGAAGGGGAGGUCCUCCACCAGGUCCAAAGACCAAGAAGCCAAAGACAUUCCCAGCUACAGGCAUUGCUGGGAGGCCUCAGGCUGGUGGAUUUACAAAUGAACUAGGUGAAUCAGGAGCAAAUGACCCGUUGAUUGGAAAGAAGGUAUGGACAAAGUGGCCUGAGGACAACCAUUUCUAUGAAGCUGUUAUUACUCAAUACAACCCUGUGGAGGGGCGGCAUGCUUUAGUGUAUGACAUUGGCACUACGAAUGAAACUUGGGAAUGGGUAAAUCUUAAAGAGAUAUCUCCUGGAGAUAUCAGAUGGGAAGAUGAGGAUUCUGGGGUUUCUCGUAAAGGAGGACAUCCUGGGCAAGUCCGUGGAAGUACAAAGGCCAUGCCUCGUGGUGGUCCUAUAGGUAGAGGUAGGGGAAACAUGAAGAUACAGCCACACAAGACACAGAAUGGUAUUGGGAAGAAAGCUUUAGGCGAUAUUGAAAUACUCCACACUGAUACACUAAUAAAAGAGAUAGAAAAAGUACUUGGUUCAAUUAAUCCUAACCCAGCAGAGGUAGAGAAAGCAAAGAGAGUGCUAAGAGAUCAUGAGCAAGCUCUUGUGGAUGCAAUUGCAAAGCUUGAAGAAUUAUCAGACGGAGAAAGUGAUGGUCUGGCUAAAAAAGGUGUAGAUGGUGGUGGAUAUGAGGGAGAUUUUGGAAAAUUGUAUGGAUAA